GGUAAAUGUCCAGUAGUAGCAGCAUGGCGACUGCAGCAGCAACCGUAAACGAUGGAGCUUCACAUGAAAGUGAUAAAUGUAAAGAAGAUGGAGAUAAUAAACCAAUACCAAGCCAGAGUUCAUCUAACGAACACAACACAGAACCGAAACCGGUGUGUCUCAUAGUUUUAGGCAUGGCAGGGUCAGGAAAAACAACUUUUGUGCAGAGGCUCACAGCUUACCUGCACUCGAAGAAAAGUCCUCCAUAUGUCAUCAAUCUAGAUCCUGCAGUUCAUGAGGUCCCUUUUCCAGCCAACAUUGAUAUCAGAGACACGGUCAAUUACAAGGAAGUCAUGAAACAAUAUGGUUUAGGUCCAAAUGGAGGAAUCGUCACAUCUCUCAAUCUGUUUGCAACACGAUUUGAUCAGGUCAUGAAGUUUAUUGAGAAAAAGCAAAGUAACCACCAAUAUGUUUUGAUUGACACUCCUGGGCAAAUAGAAGUGUUCACAUGGUCUGCAUCUGGAACCAUCAUAACUGAAGCACUAGCCUCUUCUUUCCCCUGUGUGGUUAUUUAUGUGAUGGACACGUCUCGAAGUGUAAAUCCAGUCACUUUUAUGUCCAACAUGCUCUAUGCCUGCAGCAUUCUCUACAAGACUAAGCUACCUUUCAUAGUUGUCAUGAACAAGACCGACAUCAUCGAUCACAGUUUUGCAGUGGAGUGGAUGCAGGACUUUGAGGUGUUCCAGGAUGCUUUGAAUCAGGAGACGUCCUAUGUUAGCAACCUGACACGCUCUAUGAGUCUUGUCCUGGAUGAGUUCUACACCAACCUGAGGGUUGUCGGUGUGUCUGCAGUCACGGGUUCUGGGCUUGAUGAACUGUUCGUACAGGUUGCUGAUGCUGCUAAAGAGUAUGAAACAGAGUAUCGCCCUGAAUAUGAACGUCUGCACAGGGAGUUGGCUGAAGCUCAGAGUCAGAAGCAACAGGAGCAGUUGGAACGCCUUCGGAAAGACAUGGGAGCGGUUCCCAUGGAAACUGCAGUUCCUACCGAAGCGCCAGAUCUUGCUGGGCCCAGUGAUCUCAUCUUUACCCGCGGCAACCCUGAUGAAGCUGAUGAAGACGUAGACAGCGAUACCGAUGAUAUUGAUCACACAGUCACAGAAGAAAGUAAAGAGUCUGGUGCUUUCAAAAACUUUCUGAAGGAGAGAAGGGAAAUAGUGGAUGUGCGCAACAGGAAGUCAAAGUGAGGGCAGGAAAUGGUCAUUAUGUAUGUAAACCUUUCCGAAACACACUUGAGUUUGACCCCUGAACAUCGACACUUUGAAAGACUUUAAAAUAAUAAGUUACAGCUCAUUUGGAGAGUGUAUGCUACAACUGUAGCUACCUGCUGCCACAUCAUCUAGUAUGCACUGAGAUUUCAGAUUUGCAAAUAAAAAAUAUUGUAUUAGAAUGUAAAAACAGUAUGUUGCUUCAUGCACAGAUUAAGAACUGUGUUCAAAACCAGUCAGCAUGGAUUUGAAUAUCUUGGGUCUUCAUUAAGCAUGUGUUCAAACAACUGUAUUCAGGCAACAGUUCUGCAUUAUAUAUUUAUUGCAUUUAUAUAGUUUUUGGCUGUUAAUAAAAAUGCUUCGCAUUUCCUAACAACCUGAAACAAACCAAAAUCUGCAAAUUCUGACUUCCUGUCUCUUUAAAGUUCAUGUUUCUAUGAUUGGAAAUAAAAUAUUUUUAUAUAUACACAAGA